CGCGCUGACGUCCCGCCGGGCCAAUCUGCUGGACGUUGUGCCUGGCGUCGGGCUACGGCCACGUAGCUCCAACGGCAUCCUCGUCCUGUUGAUGAAAGCCUGCACUCACCGCCCAUCCAUAAACCGUUGCGUCUGCGGCUCCUCGUCGGUGCCGCGCCGCGACAAUGCGUUUUCACCACCAAGCCACCGCACGAGGGAGUGACGUCUUCACCAUGGGCCCUUUACAAGAAGCCUGCGCGUGCUGGGCUGCGUGAGAUUGUUUUUCUUGUGUUCCUCUUCUUUUCCCCACCAUCCUUGCGACCACGCGCACGCCUCCCCACUUGCCAAGAUCGACUUCUGCUUCCACGGCCGCGGGUAGCAGUGGGCCUUCGACGUGAGCCGCCUCUCCACCAUCCAAAUCACAUCCGUUGAUCGUUGCUGCAGCCAUCCCGGCCAUGGCCUCGUCUGAUGUGGAUCAGAAAUACCUCAGCCGCCUAGCAAGCCACACGGCCACCACCAAUCCGCUUCUCUCGGCCUCUCUCUACCAGCUCCUCGGCCUCUCCGUCCUCCUCUCGCGCAAACUCGUCCGGGCCCGAAAGCUGCGGAAGCUCGACGCUUCCCGCGACAACAAGUCAUUGGCUCUCUACCAUCACAUCCUCUGGCUUUCGCGCGAAGGCUUGUCCAUCCUCGAGCUAAACAUUCUCCCCUACACCCAAGAUGGACAGCACGGUCCCGAAUGUCGGGUCCUAGGCGCCAAACUCCGCGCGUCCCUCUACCAUAUUUUUUGUCUUUUCCACAGCCAGCCUCCCGUUUCUGAAAGCAACAGCAUCUCUUCCCAAACGGGCUCGGCGCCCGCAGAUCAUCACACUUCGCUCAUGCCUGGUCAAACUCACAAACAGGCAAGAACACAUGGAAAUGAUGGUAACAGUAACGGCGUCAGCAACCCUAACGGCAAUGGCAACAGCAAUGGCAAUGGUCGCAACGAGUCGCCCAAGGCCAGCCAAGCCAAACAAAAAGAUGCAGGUCAUUCCACCGGGCGAAUGCCAACGCUCCGAGAGCCCAUUACGUCGAUCACCUCCGAAACCUCUUUUCUCACAAACCCUUACGCCAACAGUUCCGGAGGCGGAGGCAACAGCCCUCGGCCUGCCCACCCUCCUGGACUACCACUGAACAAUUCCCGACCAUCUGCGUUUCUCUUGCCGCCAUUGAACUUUCUCCCGUUAACCAACACGCACUUCACAACGGCCGCUAACAUGGCUGUGGCUAUCCUUCCAGGAUCGCAUCCGCUACGCCUUUCAGUCGCCCUAGAGCACACUGCUUUCGUGUGGGACUGCCUGAACGAUCACGACGGCGCGCGCAAGCUUGCAAGAAAAGCUAUAAGGGAGGUCUAUCGCGCAAAGGAAGGCAUGGACGACGCAGAUUUCGAAGACGCAGCCGAGCUCGUUGGAAUGCUGGGCAAGGUGAUGAGGCGAAAGAGCUGGGAAGGGACGCCACACGCCGGCGACUCGGGCGCCACAACCGCCGGCGCCAAAACCCCCGAGCACAAUGGCGGGGGCGGGGGCCCGGGCGGGGGCGCCCGCGCGCUGCAGCAGGCUGCCACCAGAGCCGACGCCGCCGCGCGCCAACAACCGCACAGCAGUCGCAACCCUAGUAGUGGCCACAGCCCCGCGCGCACCAAGGGAAGCAGCGCUCAGCUUGACCCCCUAGAAGCCGGAGGCCCGGUGAGGAGCCCGCGCGCCAGCAGCGAGCGCCUACGCCCCCGGCGUAGCGGAGGUGGCGGCAGCGGCGGCGGCAGUGAAGAGACGACUCCCCGCGCCCUGCAUAGCAAGGAUGGCUGGGGCACUGGUGGGAGCACCACCCCCAGAGCCGUUCAGCACCUCUCGGCUUCCCAGCAGCCGGAGAUGAUCCAGGGAAUGAUAUGAUUGAUGGAAGUGCGUGACAUGUUAUGGGUUAGACGAGACCACGACUAUAUGUACGAGUGGAUGGAGAGCUGUGCGGUGUUUUGUCGCAAAUUCUAGCGUCGAUCGCGCUGCA